UGCACCUCUACCUCGCACUCGUCGUCAUCUUCGCAUAAUGGGCUGGCAAGGUUACGUCAUCGCGGUCAUCGUCUUCCUCUGCGCUCUCUACGCCUUCCACGGCAUGUACCGUGUCGUCAAGACGGCACCGGUCUCGCUGAGCUCCAUCACGUACUCGUCGUCGACGCACUUUAAAGGCCUCUUUGGCUUUCGCGUUGUCGUGGCCGCGCUCUACAUUACGACGCUCAUCUACCAGCUCACGUACCAAGAAGGCCGCGCGUUCACCAUGUACACGGUCUGGAACUUCACGCUCCAGUUGGUCUAUUUUCUCUGGGCCAUCAAAGUCCAAGUGGCCGAGUGGAGCCAUGCGGGGUCGUUUGUCCCGAUGACGCGCGAGCGGCAAUGGCUCUCGACGCUCUUCACGGUCGUCUUCUCGACGAGCUUCCUCGUUGCGCUCGUCUACUGGUCGGUCAUCUACAAGGCGUCGACGUGGUGGGUCGGCUACAUGGAGCACGCGGGCAACAAUGCGAUUCUCAUUCUCGAGUUUUGCUUGAACCACUGCUUUAUGGUGCGCAGUGACGCUCCGUUUGCCGCUAUGUGGCCCGUCGUGUACGUCACGGUCAUUUGGAUCUGCAAGGCGACGUUUCUCGACAAGUGGCCGUAUACGUUUAUGAACCAAGAAAAAGCGCUCGCGCCGCUCAUGUAUGUGGGCGUGAUCGUCGCCCACAUUGCGUGCUUUGGCUUUGUGCUCUUGCUCGCCAAGGCCAAGACCAAGUACCUCCCCAAGCGCUGCCACAUUACCGCCGACAUGACAAAAGAAGACGUCGUCUACAGCCACUGCCAGUCGGCCAAGGACGAGCUCGUCGCGAGCCACGCCUAAGUUUUGUAUUUAUUCCAUUUUGAACUUGUUA